UCAGUAAUCUUGAUUGACUUUGUAGAUCUGGGUAGAGUUGGAAUUUCAGACAGGAAGGACAAGUUUUUGAGACUGGUACGAAAGUAAAAGACUUGUAUUGUUAAAUAUUGCACAGCCAAGCAUUCAGACAAACGCUUGCGGAAGAAAUCAGCAACACAUUUUUAUUGUAGUUUCAAGAAUGAAGAAACUGCAAGCAGACACAGAUCUCUUAAAAUCAACUGUAUGUGCCAGUAUUUCACCAAAUUCAGAACAACUAUCAGAAAUGGCAGUACGUCAGACCUUUUCGAGAGUGAAUCAUGAACGCAUCCAGGCUGUGGAGAGCACUUUCGGACGCUCUGAAAAGCCUCUUCAAAUACCUGGCCGUAUCCUAGUGGGAGAAGGUCGCUUGUUAAAGUUUUGCAGACGUGGACCCAAACCCAAGGUGUUCUUCCUCUUCAACGACGUCUUGGUCUAUGGCAGUAUCAUUGUUCCUGGCCGCUGGAAUAAAAAAAAGCAUAUUAUUCCUCUGGAUGAGGUGCAACAGGAAGAUCUGAAAGACGGAGAGGACAUGGCCAACCAGUGGCUCAUACGGACACCACGCAAGUCCUUCUACGUGGCGGCAGCCUCGCCUGAGGAGAAGGAAGCAUGGAUGGAGCACAUUGACCGCUAUAAGGCCCUACAUUUGCAAAACAAGGGCCAUACUAUUGACAGAACUGCCAAGAGAAACUUGGCUGCUGCCUGGAUUCCUGACACCGCCUCAGAUAUUUGCAUGCGCUGCUCCGAUCGAUUCACCAUUGCUAAUUGGAGGCACCAUUGCCGGAGAUGUGGCUUUGUAGUAUGUGGAGCUUGCUCGAAGGACCGGGCCUUGCUACUCAAUAUCUCCUCAAGGCCUGUGAGAGUCUGCUGGCAUUGUACUGAUGACCUUGAGGACCAGGAUGAACAGGAGAAGAGACAGCGGAGCGACAAGGCAAAGAACUUUAAAAGGAAGUCUUUGGAGGACUUACGACCAAGCCUUGAGAGUUCCAGCAAAGAGGACCUAGAGCAGGACAGCGAUUAUCAAGUGCCCACCAAGUAGUUUAGUACCCUGCAACUUAAUGAUCUUCACUACUGCUGCACAAAACCUGAGUAGAAAAAAACUUCUCUCACUGGACUGUGAACUGAACAGAAUUCCCGCUAAUGCUGCAUAAAACCUGAGCACAUGAAACCUUCUUUUCCUAACUCUGAACUGAACAGAAGACGAUAAAAGAGCACCUACUUAUUAUAAACUAUGAUGGAACUGAUCAUGUACUGCUUCAGCAGAUCAAUAGGGAAGAUUUCAGCAGUUAUGAAGU